AAGAAGACAGAGUGAGAAUUAGCAAUGCUUUAAGUUAGCAGACUAUUAUGAAUAAGUAAGACUUUACUUUAAUGUCUUCUUAAAAUAAAUUUAAGAAAAACCGGUUGAUAUUGAUAACCUAAAGUUCUCACACAAACGAAAAUCACACAGAGUAAAAAUAUUAUUUGCGGCCUAUCUAGCCUAGUAACUAGUAAGUUACCUCGUUAGAGUAAAAGUGUUCUGUGUUUUUUUAUUAUUAUAAGUUGGGCUUUUGUAAAAUUUUUAGCUGUUGAUCAUACCUUCAUUGAAAUUGAAAUCAAUUUUAUUAUUUAUAAUUUAUUGGUUUUCUAAUAUGAAUUUGAAAAGGACUGUACCGAAUAUUCUUAUUACCGGUACACCUGGUGUUGGUAAAUCUACAAUCAGCAGAAAACUAGCAGAAAGGGCAAAAUUUACGUGGAGAGAAAUUUCUAAAUUGGCAGAAGAACAUAACUGUUUGGAUGAAUAUGAUCCAGAAUACCAGUGUUCAAUUCUCAAUGAAGAAAAAUUGCUUGACAUUAUGGAAGGUAUGAUGAUAAAAGGGGGCAAUAUUGUAGACUACCAUGGAUGUGAUUUCUUCCCUGAAAGAUGGUUUGAUGGAGUUUUUGUUAUUCGAACAAAUAAUACAACUCUGUAUGAUAGACUGUCAGCUAGAGGUUAUACAGGUAAAAAAAUGGAAAACAAUAUACAAUGUGAAAUAUUUGCGACAUUAUUAGAAGAAGCGCAAUCUUCAUAUAAACCAGAAAUUAUUGUUGAGUUAACAAAUGACAAUGAAGAACAACUACAUAAAAAUAUUGACACUAUUGUUCAAUGGAUUGAGAGGUGGAAAGAGGAGAAUAUAUAGCUUGUUAGGUUCUAUGUUUACAAUAAAUUUGAUAUAAGCUACUAAGUGACCCUACAAAUAUAGUUCUGUCUAAGCUAUGAAUAUUCAAUUCAAACUGGAAUAAAUAAUAAAAACAAAAAAAAACCUA